AUGGCCGACAGUGAGAACAGGACACCCCUCACAGGACACCCCUCGGCCUCUGUCCCACUCACUGCUCCAUCACCGCAGGAUUCAGGUCCCAGGGACGGGACCAGAGGGACGGGACCACAGAGACGGGACCAGAGGGACGGGACCAGAGGGACGGGACCAGAGGGACGGGACCAGAGGGACGGGACCACAGGGACGGGACCAGAGGGACGGGACCAGAGGGACGGGACCAGAGGGACGGGACCACAGGGACGGGACCACAGGGACGGGACCAGAGAGACGGGACCACAGGGACGGGACCACAGGGACGGGACCACAGGGACGGGACCACAGGGACGGGACCACAGGGACGGGACCAGAGGGACGGGACCACAGAGACGGGACCAGAGGGACGGGACCAGAGGGACGGGACCAGAGGGACGGGACCACAGGGACGGGACCACAGGGACGGGACCAGAGGGACGGGACCAGAGGGACGGGACCAGAGGGACGGGACCACAGGGACGGGACCAGAGGGACGGGACCACAGGGACGGGACCACAGGGACGGGACCAGAGGGACGGGACCACAGGGACGGGACCACAGGGACGGGACCAGAGAGACGGGACCACAGGGACGGGACCACAGGGACGGGACCACAGGGACGGGACCAGAGGGACGGGACCAGAGGGACGGGACCACAGGGACGGGACCAGAGGGACGGGACCACAGGGACGGAACCAGAGAGACGGGACCACAGGGACGGGACCACAGGGACGGGACCAGAGGGACGGGACCAGAGGGACGGGACCACAGGGACGGGACCACAGGGACGGGACCACGGGGACGGGACCACAGGAACGGGACCACAGGGACGGGACCACGGGUACGGGACCACAGGGACGGGACCACGGGUACGGGACCAGAGGGACGGGACCACAGGGACGGGACCAGGGGACGGGACCACAGGGACGGGACCAGAGGGACGGGACCACGGGGACGGGACCACAGGGACGGGACCACGGGUACGGGACCACAGGGACGGGACCACAGGGACAGGACCAGAGGGACGGGACCACAGGGACGGGACCAGAGGGACGGGACCACAGGGACGGGACCAGAGGGACGGGACCAGAGGGACGGGACCACAGGGACGGGACCAGAGGGACGGGACCACAGGGACGGGACCACAGGGACGGGACCAGAGGGACGGGACCACAGGAACGGGACCACAAGAACGGGACCAGAGGGACGGGACCACAGGGACGGGACCAGAGGGACGGGACCACAGGGACGGGACCACAGGGACGGGACCACCGGGACGGGACCACGGGGACGGGACCACGGGUACGGGACCAGAGGGACGGGACCACAGGGACGGGACCACAGGGACGGGACCACAGGGACGGGACCACAGGGACGGGACCACAGGGACGGGACCACAGGGACAGGACCAGAGGGACGGGACCAGAGGGACGGGACCACAGGGACGGGACCACAAGGACGGGACCACAGGGACGGGACCAGAGGGACGGGACCACAGGGACGGGACCACAGGGACGGGACCAGAGGGACGGGACCACAGGGACGGGACCAGAGAGACGGGACCACAAGGACGGGACCACAGGGACGGGACCAGAGGGACGGGACCACAGGGACGGGACCACAGGGACGGGACCACAGGGACGGGACCAGAGGGACGGGACCACAGGGACGGGACCAGAGAGACGGGACCAGAGGGACGGGACCACAGGGACGGGACCACAGGGACAGGGAACACUGUGCUGCUAA